AUAUAAUUUCUACUCUUUUUUUUCUUGUUCUUUCCAAACAGGUCAGUUGAAAUAUCUAGAAAAAAGAGAAAAUAUACUGGUCUGAUUUCUUUUACAACUUUUUAAAAAUACAUCACCAUGUCCAGCUACCAACUUUCUAAGCUUGUAAAGGCAAUAGAGAGUGACAAUGAUGAAGCUUUUCUGGGAGCAAUCAACCAAAUAAAGAAGGAUGAUGUUGAAAAGAUUGUCUCACAAGUUCCACCCACCAACAUUCUCCCAUUUUUCAAAAUUAUUAUAAGGAAUGAGCCUUUACACUGGGAGAGAUUCCCAUGGUACAGAUACUGGAAGUACCACCUUCUGAAGAACAACGAGCAUAUUUUGAUGUCAUUGCCUCACUCCGAGCGAGUUGAGCUGCUAAAGCCGUGGCGCAAGACAGCAGAACAGCGCGCAAAGACCGUCGAGGCAUACAACACAGCCAUACAGCUCAAAGGACGCAUGCAAUACUACCAACGAGUGCUAGAGAUGCGCGCAUCAAACCAACAGAAAGAGUCUGAUGGCGCUCCAACAAAGCGACGAGGUUUACUCUUUCCAUCCAAUGAAGAAUCCUCGGACGAUGAAGAAUUUGCUGGAGCGUCGACAGUCGGAGCCUCCGAGUCCGAGGACAACUGGGAGGAGCUCUCAGAAAUCGCAUUUGGCGCCGACGACGACAAAGAGGAUGGAGACGACAUCGCACCGACCGAGCUAAAAGCCGCACCGUACACGCGCCCCGCAACAGAGGAGGCAGAGAUAAUCGUGCUGGAUGACAGUGAAGAUAGCGAUAUGAACGGGUCCGGGUCUUGCAGUACCCUUGACGUCAGUUGAUGUUGAGUAAAAGCAAAGCAA